GAGCAACACUCCCAGGUUAAGUCAGAGCCCGGAGGGAGGGAGGGAACCAGGAAGGGAGGAGUGCUUGCCCAGCAACCCAUGGCAACUCCACAACACAGGCAAGGGGCCCUUCUUCUCCCACCUGCCGUCAGGCCACCCAGGCUGUGAGAGCUGGAGGCCAAAGGCUGCAGAUGACAGGGUGCCUGCAGGGAUUCCAGAAGACAGCUGCCAUCCAAGAACUGAUCCUGGAGGUAGGGCCAGAGGCCAAAAGCAGUGGGUGAAGGAGCUUCCUGUAUCACCCGCCCCCAGCCUCAGCCAGCCCUUAAUCCUCUAAGCACCUAGGAAUCCACUCAGCCCUGGACUAUUUGAUUUACCUGUCUCAAAAACACAGCCAGCAGGUCCAUGGCUGGUAGGCCUGUGCCCCCAGGACGCCAGGAGGAGGAGACUGCCAAAGACCCCGGGUUGAAACUAUCGCUGGCCCGGCCUCCAGGCCACCUGCCCAGCAUUGAUGAGGCCCGACCAGCAGGUCCAGGCCCAGCCUCCCGCCGCAGCUCAGUGCUGGGCCUGACUUCAUCCUUUUCCCGCCGCAACUCGCUGGCUGGACCAGGCAUGGGUCCUGGGGGCCGGCGACCAUCCUUGGGCCCAGAGCCGCCUUUAGGCUCAAGGAUCAGCUUCUCUGGGUUGCUCCUGGCACCUCCUCGGCGGAUGGCACCCUCAUAUCGCACUGAGCCAGCGCCUGGGGAGCGCUGGGAGGCCAUGCGAACACAACAUGCCCUGGAGGAAGUGCUGGCCACAGGACUACAAGACACAGUCUACUCUGGCACCAAGGCAGGGCCCCUGGCGCGGGAGCUGUGCGAACUGGUGCACACGCGCCUGCGAGAGCUCAGCCCGCCCCGCUACAAGCUGGUGUGCAGCGUGGUGCUGGGGCAGCACACGGGCCAGGGUGUGCACGUGGUCAGCCGUGCGCUCUGGGACGGGGCGCAUGACGGCCUGGCCUCCGCCACCUUCACCAACGCCUCGCUCUUUGCAGUGGCCACGGUCCAUGGGCUCUACCACGAGUGAGGAGGCAUCCAAG